AUGGGCGCGCCGGCGGCGGCGGUGCUGCUGCUGGUGCAGCUGUGGGUGCGCGUGGAGCUGGACAUGCUGGGGUGGCCGGAGGAAGAAACGCUGUUUCCAGGUUUCCGGAACUCGUCGUUGCUCACAUGUAACUGCCCCUUCCCUUGGCGCGCCCCCCGGUGGCCGGGGUGGGCAUUCGGGCCCGUCGCCCACAGCUCAGUCCGGUCCGGUCUGUCCAUCCACCCAGGGCCCUGUGGCCGCCGGGCCGUGGGGACGCGUGUGGUGGGCGGCAUGGACGCCGCGCUCGGGCGCUGGCCCUGGCAGGGCAGCCUGCGCCUGUGGGGCUACCACGCCUGCGGCGCCAGCCUGCUCAACCGGCGCUGGGUGCUCACGGCGGCGCACUGCUUCGAGAGUAACCUUUACCCCGGUUCAUGGACAGUCCAGUUUGGCGAGCUGACCGCCGCACCAAGCUUCUGGAACCUGCAGGCCUACCGCAACCGUUACCAGGUGGGGGAGAUCGUGCUGAGCCCCCAGUACCUGGGGGCCACAGCCUUCGACAUCGCCAUGCUGCGGCUGACCUCGCCCGUCACCUACUCCAAGUCCAUCCAGCCCGUCUGUGUCUUCGCCUCUUUCAAAGAGUUCCAGAACCGGUCUGACUGCUGGGUGACCGGCUGGGGGGACAUCCAAGAAAAUGUGGAUCUGCCGUCUCCCUACACCCUCCAGGAGGUGGAGGUCGGCAUCAUAAACACCACCAUGUGUAACUACAUGUUCACAGAGCCUUCUUUCCGUUACAACAUCUGGGGAGACAUGGUCUGUGCUGGCAACGACAAAGGCGGCAAGGAUGCCUGCUUCGGUGACUCAGGCGGACCCUUGACCUGCGAGAGGAAAGGGCUGUGGUAUCAGGUUGGAGUUGUGAGCUGGGGAGUGGGCUGUGGUCGGCCCAACCGCCCGGGCGUCUACACCAACGUCAGCACUCACUUCAGAUGGAUGCAGACGCUGAUAGCCCGCGGCAGAAUCCAUGGGCCGCCCCCCUGGCUGGUGCUGCUGCUCCUGUUCCUGCCCUGGACUGCCUCGUUCCUGCAGCCCAGCCUCCCGUCCUAAUGUGUGUUUCUA